AUGGGCAUCGAUUCCUACAACCCGACAGUUCGUGCACGUCUAGCUAAUGCAUCGAAAACACGUGUAUUGAGUCUGAAAGAAUCUGCACUACACCGAAUCCCAGAAGAUGUUAAAGCUUUGCAAACGUUGAAACACUUAGAUCUUAGUAUCAACUAUCUUCUAGUGAUACCCGAAUACAUUGGAUCAAUGUCUCAUCUCAAACAACUGAAUCUAUCUCAAAACCAGCUUGAAUCGCUUCCCUUAGAACUUGGAUUUCUGCCCUGUCUUGAAGUUUUCAAUGUAUCACAAAAUAAGUUGACAGAUUUGCCCGAUUUGUCGAAAUGCGUUGCUUUGAAAACAGUGGAUUUUACUGAAAAUCAAUUCACAACGUUUCCGGAAGGCAUUUGUCAGUGUCCAAAUAUUGAAACUUGUAUAUUCACUGAGAACAGAAUAGAAGUACUUCCCGAUCAGGAAAUGGGAAACGACUCUUCAAAAUCCAAAUCAGUGGCCAGUAGUGCUCGGAAACUAAUCGGUCAGCCGGGCCCUUCCACAUCAACUGUCAAUAAGCACCUUGAGAUGGCAACGAAAAGUCGUAUUUUACAACUGAAAGGAACAGGUCUGAAAAAGAUUCCGGAUGAGAUCGAACAGUUAGCUGAAGUUCUUCGAAAUCUGGAGCUCAGUGAGAAUAAAAUACGUGAAAUUCCAUUGUUCAUUGGACAAUUCACACAACUGAAGCAGCUCCAUUUGUCCAAUAAUUGCCUCGAAUUGCUUCCCGAUGAAAUAGGGUCGAUGAAAAAAUUAGAAAUCCUGAACUUGGCUGGAAAUAAGAUUAAGUCGCUGCCUGAUACCAUUGUCGGAUGCACAGAUUUGCGUACAAUCGACGUAUCAUCUAACUGCUUCGAGAUGUUUCCAGUCGCGAUCAUUUCGUGCUUACAGCUAGAUCUGCUUAAUUUGAACGGAAAUCAAAUUGAGACUCUUCCAGAUGAAGUAUCGGAAUUAAAAGUAAUCGAACUGAGUCUCAGUCAAAAUCGACUCAAAUCAUUGAAUCCAGCGAAUCUCACCAAAGCGCAACGAUUAAGAACGCUCCGAGUUGAUGAAAAUUGUUUGGAAAAGUCGGAAUUCACACGCGAGUUGCUCGAGUCUUCUAUAAUAUCCGUGAUCGCUUACGAUGGAAAUCGUUUCCAGCUCAAAGAGUUUCAAGAUUUGCCCGGUUACGAUGCAUAUCAGGAACGGUUCACGGCAACGAAGAGAAAGAUUUAG